AUCCUGUACAAGGUGCCAGGGAGAAUUUAAACAGUCGCUGCUCGCACACAGCUGAUCAUUUGAUGGAAUGAGGAGGAACGGACGCUGAGCAAAGUCAAACGUUUCUUGUCAGUGGAAGGAAAAUAAUUAAGUUAACGACAAAAGUUAUGCAGAAGUGUCAAUGCCACCAUGGCAGAAGGGGACGAUGAAGACAAUACACUGCGCACUUUAGUAUUUCGUCUUCAUGACAGCACCCCCAGAGUCGUACGGGAGGUGUUAUUGGAACGUGGUUGGGAGGAAUUUGAUGAACAGCAACAAAAUGAAACAAAGUGGAACUUGCAGUGGAGAAAUUCAUCAUUCCGAACUUCUGACCAUGAUAAUGUAAAACCAUGGCAACGCCUCAAUCAUCAUCCGAGGACGGCACAGAUGACGAAGAAGGACUGUUUAGCAAGACAUUUAAAACGCAUGAAAGGAAUAUAUGGACCAUCUUACUAUGAGUUUAGCCCAGUGGUCUUUAUUUUACCAAACAACUACUCACAUUUUUUAGCUGAAUAUACCAAAGAAAAAUGUAAUAAAAAAUCCAGUUAUUGGAUCUGUAAACCAACUGACAUGUCCAGAGGUAGAGGGAUAUUUAUUUUCCAAGACAUCAAAGACUUGGCCUAUGACUCUACUGUGAUUGUGCAGAAAUAUAUCACAAAUCCUUUACUAAUCUCUGGUUAUAAAUUUGACCUACGCAUUUAUGUAUGUGUUACCUGUUUCUGUCCAUUGACUAUAUAUGUCUACCAGGAAGGACUGGUCAGGUUUGCAACAGAAAAAUUCAAUCUCAGUUCACUUGACAAUAUAUUUGCUCACCUAACCAACACCAGCAUUAACAAAUACAGCACAUCAUACACAGCAGACAAGGAGAGGGUUGGGAGCGGAUGCAAAUGGACGUUUGGUCAGUUUCGGUCUUAUCUCCGCAGUUUAGAGGUGGAUGAUGUGUUACUGUGGCAGAGAAUAUAUAAUAUAGUUACCAUGACUCUCCUAUCCAUUGCCCCAUCAAUACCCCAAUAUCCAAACUGCUUUGAACUCUUUGGUUUUGAUAUCCUCAUUGAUGAUACUCUGAAGCCAUGGCUUCUAGAGGUGAACUACAGCCCCGCAAUGUCUUUAGACUGCCCCAAUGAUUUUACAGUGAAGAAAAGUCUUAUCAAUGACAUCAUUGAUCUUCUCAACUACAAAUCAUCUGAUUUUCAAAGCGAUAGCAUCAAUACGGCACCAGGUCCCCUACAUGGUUCUGGGCAGCAGACUUAUUGCAAAUGUGAUAACAUAUCGCAAUCUUCUAGAGAACUCAAACACUACAACUCAUUGAAAACCAGUCAGCUGAAAGAAAACUAUGAACAGCUUGCCACAUCCCGAAGUGCACCUUAUAAAACUUCUAGACUGGAUAAUGACAAUGAAACACAAGUAGCUCCGAAGGAAGAAAGUGGGAUGUUUUGCAAUUGUAACUCAGUGAAAAAAUCGUUAUUGGAUCACCAUGAUGAUAUAGCGAAUAAAGGAAUGAUAUCAUAUGGGAAAACAUCAAUGUCUCCUCGAAAGACUGUGACUUCCAGAUUACGAGAGAGACUGAAUAUGCCCCAGAGAUUAGUGGUCUCAAAACUUCCAUCAGUUCUGAGCACUACAAAAGCAAAGACAAGGGUUAAUUGUAUAGUGAAUACUGCCCGGUGGAGAUCAUCUGACUAUACGCUAUUUCCUUUAUAUUACAUUUCAGACAUAGAUCAAAUGCCUCCUGCUCGUGUAGGUGAUUUUCUUCUUGUUUUUCCCUUUAACCAAGCGUCCCUUCUUGCUUCCAAAAACGGAACAGAUGUGAAAAUCAUAAUCCAAGAAAUUAGUAAAAUAAUGCAAAAAAUCUCAAUGCCAAUAAAAGCGGCCUGAUUUUGGCUUGUAACAAUUCAUUCAAAGUAGUGUUGUUAUCAGAUAUACUCUCUACAAAGAGUUAAAGUAAUGCUUCAAUAAAAGCUUG